GAUUACAGGAGGCCAUGUUGAUCUUUCAAGGGGAUGUGGUACAUGCAGCUUGAGAACACCGGGGCCACUGAUGUGAUGACAUAAUUUAUAAAUGACCUCAGUGAGCUCAAGAGCAUCACCAUAAUCUUCUCGCAUUAAAAGCUGUCAAGAGCGAGUCACUCGACGCUGUGAAACAAGCUCGAGGUCAAAGAGGACCUACAAACGUGAGAAGAGGAGAAACUGCUGCAGUGCUUUAGUUUCAGAAGCUCCCCCAGAUACAUUACAUAUGUUUAUAUUAAUGUAACCUUUAAAUGCUCCUGAUGAAUCAGUCACAAAUAACAGUUUGCAAAUCCUGACUUGAUCACGAUCAGCUGACAAUCUAUGGCUCGUGUUAAAUGUGGAAGGAGAGGAAACCAUGGCUUGUCAGAUGUAUCUUGAAUCAGAGACACGUUCCUCUUAAUGGCUGAGGAUUGAAUUGUCUACGUUGAAGAAGAAACAGAAGCUCACGGGUUAAAGAGUUCACAAACAGCUGUAUUAACAUGCGUGUUACGUGUGUGUGUGUGUGUGUGUUUAUCCACAGUCAUGAGCGCAUAGGGCAGGCGCAGCUUGUCCUUCUGCCGUCCGUGUCCUGCCAGCCUUAGUCCCUCUUUUUUUUUUUUUUUUUUUUAAUAAAAGAUUAACGAUGAUAAGACGCUCGUGCUUCGGUUGCAUCACUUCUUGCAAGAAAUAUUUUGUGCGCCUCUGUUCGUUUUAUUAGCAGAACCGUGACUGGUAGAGCGCAAAUGCGCAUCGGUCUGCGCAUCUCUGAAUCUUCACAACUACACGGUGGACAGUCUCCCUGACACCCAGAGACCUCUCCUCCGCACAUUAGCAAGGCUUCCGCACCGCCUAUGGCUGCACAUCGGCAUCCCUGAGCCGCCGGUCUCGCCACGGACCCUUCAGCCAUCGCUGCCCUCUGAAGGUCUUUGGAUACGGGAGACGUUUUUAUCCACCCUUUUUAAGAAUUAUCCUUAAAGAACCCGGUGCUAUGCUGGGCCCAUCUCUCUAGAUCUCGAGAUCAAUACACGAGCUCUCCUCCCACAUUCGUCCGACCGAGAACCUUGUACUCUCCUCGAUGCAUCCAAACGCAGUGAUGCUGGCGGUGCUCCUCCUGGGGAACUUGAUGGUGCCUUUCAUCUCUGCUCAAAACGCUGGGUUUGUGAAGUCGCCCAUGUCUGAGACUAAGCUAACAGGAGACACCUUUGAGCUGUACUGCGAUGUGGUUGGUAACCCCACUCCAGAGAUCCAGUGGUGGUAUGCAGAGAUCAACCGAGCCGACUCCUUCAAGCAGCUGUGGGAUGGAGCCCGCAAACGUCGGGUGUCUAUCAACACGGCCUACGGCACCAAUGGGGUUAGUGUGCUUGGUAUCACGCGCCUUACACAGGAGGAUUCUGGGACAUACGAGUGCCGGGCCAGCAACGACCCCAUACGUAAUGACUUUCGACAAAACCCUGCCAUCACCUGGAUCCGUGCCCAGGCCAUCAUUUCGGUGCGACAGAAACCAAAGAUAAAUUCCUCUGAGGAGAUCAUUCUAUCAGCGGACUCUUCGAACAAACCAGUCACCCUGUUCUGUAACAUCACCACCGCCAACACGCCGCAUGAGGAAAGCUUCUGGAUGAAGAACGGCCAGGAGAUCCCCAACACACGAUCGGAGCAGGGGAACACAAACUACAGAAUCGUUAAACCCAGAGCGGACGAUUCUGGGGAAUACAUGUGUGUUUACACAUUCAGCACCAUGCCAAAUGCAAACGCAACAAUUGAAGUUAAAGCAAAACCUCACAUAACUGGCUACAAGAAAAGUGAAAACAGAAAAGAGGGAGAAAAUGCAACGAUGUACUGCAAGUCUGUUGGCUACCCACAUCCUACCUGGACGUGGCGUAAGGUGGAUGGCAAUUCCUACACGGACAUCGAUAACUCCACCGGACGGUUCUUCAUCACUAACAGAGACAACUACACAGAGCUUAACAUCCUGAACCUGGACAUCAGCACAGAUCCUGGAGUAUACGAAUGCAAUGCCACCAAUGUGAUAGGGAACAAUGCUGAGACAACUAUACUACGUGUGCGCAGCCAUCUCGCACCACUCUGGCCAUUCCUGGGGGUGCUGGCUGAGAUCAUUAUCCUAGUAGUCAUCAUCGUCGUGUAUGAGAAGCGCAAGAAGCCAGAUGACAUCAUCGAUGAUGAUGAACCAGUUGGACCGAUGAAAACAAAUUCAACAAACAACCACAAGGACAAAAACAUGCGCCAGAGGAAUACAAAAUAAGCAAUUAACUAAAGUGAGAUGGCUAAAACUGCAUUUCUUUUGACAACGCGGAGGUAUCAGCAGUGGAUAGAUCUCCCGUGCAGUUUUGAUCCAGCACAUCUUGUCUCAUUUUUUGAGAACCAAUAUCAGCAUAACACUGGCAACAAUAAGAACAUAACGGCUGUCUUAAGCAUGCCUUGUUCAGUCUUACGUGGAGAUUUCAGGAUGACGAAUAAUGACUAAAACCACCACAAAGGUGUACACAUUUUCAAUGUGCUGUUGAUGUCUUCUUUAUUUACUUCAUCAUGUCCUCAAAUGAGGUGAUCCCUUUUGUAUUACAUAUCAUGUACAAUGCAUGCAAGAUAAUUACGCAAUAGGAUACUCAGAAUAGAAAUCUUCUGUUGUUAUCCCCCCGUGUGGCUUUUUAUUGCAUUUAAAAUGAUCUGUGUUUUCUAAUGAUGUCAUCUUUAUAGCACAUGUAUAUCAUAUUCGUAUAUAUAUGUGCGGCACACAUAUAUAUCAUAUGCAUAUAUAUGUAAUAUAUAGAGUUUUAUUCUUGAAGAUUUGUACAGCAUAUCAUGGUCAUUUAAAUGUUUGAUUUUGUGGAAACUCUUUCUUGACAGAACCUUUUGUUGUGAAGCCACGGCUCCACUGACUGGCAGUAUUUGAAUCUUAAUUGAGAGUGGUUACAGAAAAAGGUGUGUUUAAAUAUCUAAACUAAAAUAUUAAUGUGUAUUAUUUUUAUUUUUUAUUUUCAGAGUAACUUAGGUGUCUUGUAUAUGUUGAAGUAUGAGUGUUCAAAUAUUAGGAAAUCUGUAAAAAAAAAAAACGACAAUAUUUUUUUUAUUCCCCCGAUUUCAUGGACUGGUUUUAAUUUGUUUCUCUUAAAUGUAUAGCAUGGCUAUAAUCCUAUGCAAUAUGUAUUCUUCAAUAGCUAUAUGGAGGGCGGUUUGUUUUACUCAGUGAAGCUUUAAUAUAGUGGGAUCAUUUGGAAACUGGCAUAGCAAAAUUCACUGCUGUAGCUGCAUGACUCCUGUUUCAAUUCAAUGUAUCCAUGUGUGUGUGGUGGUGGAAAUGGACCUGGGUUUAAGUGGGGGGUGGGAGGGGGUCAGAGGGACCAGAGUAUAUAGCCACGAACAUAAGUGAGACCAAUAUUUUUUUCUGAAUAAAAACUAUAAAAAUG